AAGGUGAGGCCAGGAUUGCUUAACAAUCCACAAAGAGGAAAUUUACAAGAGAGAUUAUUUGAAAUCAAUGGCUCCAAGGUCUGGAAGAGGGAAGUCUAAUAAAGCCAAGGCUGAGAAGAAGAAGAACAAAGAGGAGAAAGUGGUGCCUAGUGUUCUUGAUAUAACAGUCAUCACUCCAUAUGAAUCACAAGUGAUUCUCAAGGGCAUCUCCACUGACAAGAUACUUGAUGUGAAAAAGCUCUUAGCUGUGAAUGUAGAAACUUGCCACCUAACAAACUACUCUUUGUCUCAUGAGGUCAAAGGCCAGAGAUUGAAUGACAGAGUAGAGGUGGUUAAUCUGAAGCCAUGCUUGCUAAAAAUGGUUGAAGAGGACUACGCCGACGAAGCUCAGGCGGUGGCUCACGUGCGGAGACUCCUAGACAUCGUAGCGUGCACCACCAGGUUCUCCAAGUCCAGAAACACCCGGUCCCCGCCAUCAUCAGAAUCACGCUCCAAAAAGAAUGGAAGUAGGCCGCACCAGCCUACAUCAAAUACGCCUGCGCCCUCUGAUGACCGAAAUGGGCUACGCCCCACGUUAGAAUCCGAUGGCGCGUCGUUUACGUCGCCUAUCUCGUCGAGUUGGGACAUGGCCGCCAUUCGCCCGACGCCGAAACUCUCUGAGUUUUAUGACUUUUUCUCUUUCUCUCACCUCUCCCCUCCUAUCUUACAUUUGAAGAGAUGUAUGCGUAAAGAUGAAGAGAAGCGAGUUGGCGAUUACUUUGAAAUCCAGAUAAAGAUCUGCAAUGGAAAGUUAAUACAAGUGGUGGCAUCAGUAAAAGGUUUUUAUACAUUGGGGAAGCAGUUUUUUCACAGCCAUUCCUUGGUUGAUCUUCUACAAAAUCUGAGCCGGGCUUUUGCUAAUGCAUAUGAGUCCUUAAUGAGAGCUUUUGUUGAACACAACAAGUUUGGUAAUCUUCCUUAUGGAUUUCGAGGAAAUACAUGGCUUGUCCCCCCAUCUUUUUCUGAGUCUCUGUCAAACUUCACACCCCUGCCAGUAGAAGAUGAGAAUUGGGGUGGCAAUGGUGGGGGGCAGGGAAGAGAUGGAGAAUAUGAUCUACGACCAUGGGCAACAGAAUUUGCUAUAUUAGCUAAGCUUCCUUGCAAAACUGAAGAAGAGAGGGUGGUCAGAGACCGGAAGGCCUUUUUGCUUCAUAGCCAAUUUGUUGAUGUCUCAAUUUUUAAAGCUGUGGGAGAAAUAUGCCGCCUCAUUGAUUCCAGUUUAAAUGAUAAAACAAUAAAUUGGCAUCCUGGUGCAGUGUUGCAUGAGGAUCGUGUGGGGGACUUGUCCAUCACCAUAAUACGCGAUGUUGCAGAUGCAAGCUUGAAGUCUGAAGUAAAAAUUAACAGCAAUCAAUCAUCUGGCAUGUCUGCUGAGGAAAUUGCUAAAAGGAAUUUACUUAAAGGGGUUGCUGCAGAUGAGAGUGUAGUUGUUCAUGAUACUUCCUCAUUGGGCAUCGUUAUUGUAAGGCAUUGUGGAUACACUGCCAUAGUAAAAGUUGUUGGUGAUGUGAAGAAGGAAAAGUUUGAAGCACAAGAUAUUGAAAUUGAAGAUCAACAAGAUGGAGGGGCUAAUGCUCUCAAUAUAAACAGCUUAAGGUUUCUACUCCACAAGUCUUUUGCUGCUGAAUCACCUGUAUCUGGCCAGUCACCCCUGUGCAAUUUGGAUGAUUCAGAAGCUUUUAAAAGUCUUGUUCGAACAGUAAUUAAAGAAAGUUUGACCAAGUUAGAGGGGGAGCCAGCUGCUUCUGAAAGAUCUAUCAGAUGGGAACUUGGUUCUUGUUGGGUACAAUAUUUACAAAAACAGGAAACAGAUUUGAAUUCUAUGAGACCUGGGAUCGAUAAUGAGGUUGAAUAUGCAGUCAAAGGUCUUGGAAAACAAUUUAAAUUUUUGAAAAAGAGAGAUAAUAAGCCUAAUAGAACAAAUGAGGAAGAAGAAAAUGAUACUGGACCAUGCAGAAUGAAUGUGGAAAAUACUGUUGAACAGAACAGCAAUGGAGAGCUCAAUAGCGAGAUGGAACUGAAGAAACUAAUUUCUGAAGAAGCCUUCUUGCGUUUGAAAGAAUCAGGAACCGGUCUCCAUUUAAAGGCAAUGGACGAGCUUAUGAAAAUGGCAUACAAAUAUUAUGAUGAAAUUGCUUUACCAGAGCUGGUAACAGAUUUUGGAUCACUUGGACUUUCUCCUGUUGAUGGCCGCACACUGACUGACUUUAUGCAUUUGAAGGGACUACAAAUGCGCUCUUUAGGUCAUUUGGUUGAACUUGCUGAGAAGCUCCCUCACAUCCAAUCACUUUGUAUUCAUGAGAUGGUUACUCGAGCUUUCAAGCAUGUACUUAAAGCAGUAGUUGCAUCGGUUGACAAUGUAGCAGACCUUUCUGCCACUAUAGCUUCGUCCCUGAAUUUCUUACUUGGCAGCUGUGGAAUGGGAGAUGGUCAAAGCUUGAAUGAAGACCAUGCUCUCAAAAUUCACUGGUUACGACAAUUUCUUAGCAAAAGAUUUGGUUGGUCUCUAGAGGAUGAAUUUCAGCAUCUGAGAAAGAUUUCAAUUCUCCGUGGGCUUUGCCAUAAGAUUGGGUUGGAGUUGGUUCCAAGAGAUUAUGAUAUGGAAUGCCCAUACCCCUUCAAGAGAGAUGAUAUUGUCAGCAUGGUUCCUGUAUGCAAGCAUGUGGGAUGCACUUCAGCAGAUGGAAGGACUUUAUUAGAGUCAUCCAAAAUAGCCCUUGAUAAAGGAAAAGUGGAGGACGCUGUCAAUUAUGGUACAAAGGCAUUAGCAAAGAUGAUUGCUGUAUGUGGUCCAUACCAUCGUACUACUGCAAGUGCUUACAGUCUUCUCGCUGUGGUUCUCUAUCAUACUGGAGAUUUCAAUCAGGCAACCAUAUAUCAGCAGAAGGCUUUGGAUAUUAAUGAGAGGGAGCUUGGUCUUGACCAUCCAGAUACAAUGAAAGGCUACGGGGAUCUUUCUGUAUUUUAUUAUCGUCUUCAAAACAUUGAGUUGGCUCUGAAAUAUGUAAAUCGUGCUUUGUACCUUUUGCAUUUUACUUGCGGACUUUCACAUCCCAACACUGCUGCAACAUACAUAAAUGUGGCUAUGAUGGAAGAGGGCAUGGGGAAUGUUCAUGUUUCUCUUAGAUACCUGCACGAAGCUCUUAAAUGCAACCAAAGACUAUUGGGAUCAGAUCAUAUACAGACAGCUGCAAGCUAUCAUGCUAUAGCCAUAGCUCUUUCACUGAUGGAAGCAUAUUCAUUGAGUGUGCAACAUGAGCAAACUACACUUAGGAUACUACAAACAAAACUAGGACCAGAGGACCUGCGCACUCAGGAUGCUGCUGCAUGGCUAGAAUAUUUUGAAUCGAAAGCUCUAGAGCAGCAAGAAGCAGCACGAAAUGGAACUCCAAAGCCAGAUGCAUCCAUUGCAAGUAAAGGUCACCUGAGUGUAUCAGAUCUCCUGGAUUACAUAAAUCCUGAUCAAGAUUCUAAAGCAAAUGAAGGCCAGAGGAAACACCGACGUGCCAAGGCUGUGCAAAAUACUGAGAAGAACCAUGAGGCCCAUCAUGAUGUGAUAGUUAGAGAUGCCCUGCUUCAUGAUGGAAUGAAAGAUGCUAAGACUAUAACAGAAAGCAAUGUAGAGGAAGUAAUAAUAAGCAAGGUUAAUCCUGAAGAGCCAGAAGAGAAUGAUGAUACUACUGGAUAUAGAACAAUAAUCUCUGGUCAACUUGUUGAAGAAACAACUUCAGAUGAAGGGUGGCAAGAGGCCAAUCCAAAAGGGAGGUCAGGAAAUGCUACUGGUAAGAAAUCAAGCAGGAGGCGACCAGUUCUUAAGAAGCUAAACAUAAACAAUUCUGAAAAAUCAAAACAUAGAGAAAGAAGCAAUUGGCAAGAAAUUACAUCCCCAGCACAGCAAAUAACUCCAAGGAUCAGUACAACUGAGUUGUCACCAAUGAAGGAUUCAAUUAAACUGCAGGCAAAAGCUUCUAGUUCCAAAAGUUUUACCAGUUCGGCAAGUCUGACUUCAAUGGCUUCCAAGUCAUUAUCUUACAAGGAAGUAGCCGUUGCACCACCAGGUACAGUUCUAAAGCCAUUACUGGAGAAAGUUGAAGAAGUAAGUGACGUAAAAACUGAAACACAGGUGUGCAGUAUUGAACCUGAGACAUCAAAAGAGGAGACAACUAAUAAUAUCUCUUUAGCUGACGAUGUAAAUGAUGAUAGUCAAACAAAAGAAACUCAUGAAAGUGUAACUCCACCGAAAACUAAAGCUGCAGAACCUGAGGAUGUUCCUUGUUCAUCUAACCAUGAAAAGCCGGUAGCAAUGAAUGGGAGUAAGCUUUCUGCAUCAGCUGAACCAUUCAAUCCGGGAGCUCUCUCUAUGAUUCCCCCACUAAACUCAGUAGCUGGCACAGGUAUAUAUGAUGUAAGAGUUAGUCAAGGCAUGCUUGCAGAGUCAGCUGGGCCUCUUGUGGCCAGAGUUCCUUGUGGGCCUAGAUCACCUCUCUACUAUAGAACCAAUCAUUCUCACUUCAUGAAGCGUGGCUUUCCAAAAUAUCACACUCCCAUAAUGGAAAGAAAUGGGUCUGGGUCUUCAAGAAUCAUGAAUCCGCAUGCACCUGAAUUCGUACCGAGUAGAGGUUGGCAAAGGAAUGCUGGAAACACAGAUUCAACUGCCUUGAAUGAGUCAAACUCUUCAAAUGAAACGAGUGAGGCAGAAGAUGAGAAAGUUGAUAAAAUAUCCAACAAUGAAGUUAAGGAUAAUACUUCAAAAAAGAGCUGCUCAGAAGCUGAGAAGUCAGAGCUGGCAAGGCAGAUACUGCUUAGUUUCAUCGUGAAGUCAGUCCAGCAUAAUAAAGAUGCUCCAAAUCAGUCUGCAGGUGAUGAGAAGAAGGUUGAGCAUCCGGCAAAUCCUUCAGAUGCUAUUGCACAGGACAGUGCGAUUAUAAAAAUUCUUUAUAGGAACGAGAAAGGCGAGACAAACUUAGCCUCUCAUUCUGGUGAUCAAGAACAACCGAAAACAAAAGAUGUAAACAAUAAUAGUGGGGAUGGUGAAGGAUUUAUAGUAGUCACAAAGCGGCGAAGAAACCGACAGCAGUUCACUAAUGGGGUAGCUGGAUUGUACAAUCAGCAAUCAAUCUGCACUUCAGUUCGUUAAAGAAAGGAUUGGAAAGAAAAGACACAGGGAAGGUACUGUCCUGUUUUGCUCCCUGUUUUAUUUGACAGUAUUUCUUUGCUUCUCUUUUUGACACUUGGACAUGGUUGAAAAAACAGAGGGGAAGUUUUCAGGCAUGGUUAAUUAUAUCGAUUUAGAUAUCUCUUUGGAUGCUCCAAUAAUAUGUACAAACAGUUUUCUUCACUUGCUAAGAAAUAUUAGUUGAUCAAUAAAGUUGAAUUGGGCAA